AUGACGGGAGCGGAGCAUGCGACGACUCAGGCAUAUUAUUUCUUCCAAGCAUUUCAUGAACAUCCUGGCAGGGGGUGGAACCAUACGAAUGGACGGAAGCUCCUAUCAUGCUCAGGACCUGUUCUUUACCAUCACGACUUUCUCCCGAACCCAGUAUCGCCGGCAAUAUGGACAGCAUUCGCCGACAGGGUCAAUUUUGCAAAGGACUACAUUCGCGAGAUCAUGCCAUUGCUUCCAACUCAGGUGCCAGAUACGAAUGUUAUUGCCCCCGAUUAUAUCCCCACUACCGGAGAUUUUGUUGUCCUUGGCACAGGUAGGACGCUCUACCAGAUUAUUGGCUUUAAUCAACCUGAAAUUGGCUUUACAAAGAUAUGCUUUGAGACCCGCGACGGUAGACCCCAACGACUGCAGCCGAAUAUCUUGAACGCCCUUAUUCGAGCUGUAGUACUUGGGUGGGCACCAGGCGGUCGAGAUGUUGAGAACUGGGGACACUUCAUCAUCAAGUUCAUGGAAGAGUGGCCUCCUGAAAACGGUCCAGUAGACUAUUCGUCUCGCAAAGUAGUUGCUGAACAGGCCAAGCUCUACUUGAAUCGAUUCCAAGAACGAGAAAGAAUUCAUGACUGGCUAUCGAAAAUUUCUCCAGGCCCUCCUGCUGCUGGUGGCGAGGAGACCGCGAUUGAGAACAACAAUCCAUCUUGCUUCGAGGACUUGAAUAUGGAAGAAGGCGACUUUGGUACAGAAACAAAGAAAGAGGAAGAGAGACAUGUGUGUGGACCGUCAUGA